AAUGCAGCGAAAACGAACAGACCUAGUGUAGAAUAAAAGGAUUAACCUACUGGUCCUUUCAUGUUUCAACACUGUGCAGAAGUGUUCGAGCACGUGUGAAUUGAUAACAGGCUGUUAGUUUGGCGUGUGAAUGUAUUUACACGUUUACAAUGGAAGACAUUCAAUGCCCGUCGGUUUUGGUGUGUUCUACCAUUUGGGUGAAGAGAGGCGUCGCUGCAGCCAAUCCUCAGGAGAUCUUAUUAAAACCCGCAGAUUUCGAGAAUAUCAUAGAGCAGGCGCAGGCUGAUAUAGAAACAGAUGAUUCAGAUGAAGAGGUAGACUCGUCUAAGAAAGAGUCUGAUACUUUAAGAGAAUAUUCCUUAUCCAAUGGUGAUGAAUACAACUUCAACAACUAUGAUAACGAAUCGGGCGAUGUGCAUUGUCAUAUUGGUAACAUAGCUAGUUUUGACGUAGAUGGUAGAGAUCCUCUUGUAACAAAUGAUGAUGAUGAUUCUGAUAAAGAGGAUGACAUUAUUAAAAGUGAUGACAAUUUGCUCUUGAUUGCACUAGCUAAUAAAGAUGUAGCUACCUUAGAAGUACAUGUAUAUAAUGAAGCAGAAGGAUCCUUUUAUUGUCAUCACGAUAUACCUAUAUCUUCUUAUCCAGUAUGUAUGGAAUGGCUUAGUUAUGAUCCUGAGGAUCCGAAACCAGGCAAUUUAUGUGCAAUCGGUAACAUGUCUCCCAUAAUUGAAGUGUGGGAUUUGGAUAUGCUGAACAGUGUGGAGCCUAUCUUUAAACUUGGUCGUAAGCCAAAGAAAAAGAAAGGGCAGAAGCGUGUUGGACAUAAAGAUGGGGUCCUAAGUUUGGCAUGGAACCAGAAUUACACACAUGUUCUUGCCAGCGGUUCAGUUGACAAGACAGUUUUAUUGUGGGAUUUAGAAAACUGCAAACCUGUGACUAAGCUCGACUCGUUCAGUGAAGAAGUAGCUUCAUUGAAAUGGCAUCCACAGGAAACUCACAGGCUGUUAACGGGAUGUCUAGACAAAACAGUGCGAUUAUUUGACUGCAAGGAAAAAACAAUCGUAAGAAAGUGGGAAGUGCCGACAGCAGUAGAAAAAGUGCUGUGGAAUCAGUAUGACACAAAUUACUGUAUCGCUAGUUUAACCAAGGGUUUCAUAACGUACUUUGACGUAAGAGCAAACAAAUCAGUUUGGGAAAUCAAGGCCCACGAUGAAGGAGAUGUUUCAUGUCUUGCUCUUAGCGCCUCGUGUCCAGGAUUGUUAGUAUCUUCCUCGGACGACGGUUUGAUGAAGGUGUGGGAUAUCAUCGAUCACGAACCUACGCUUGUGUGGCAGCAGGAAAUCCCAAGCGUUGUAGUUUGCAUCGCGGCAAAUCCGGACAAUGGAUUCCUAUUUGGUAUCUGCAGGACGAAGGCACGGUCGGAGAAAUCAGCCGAAGUGUUAGACUUCUCAAUGAUACCGGACGUGCGGAACAGAUUCGCGGAUCGCGUCGCGCUGCAUUCCUCAGCGACAGGAAUCAAACAGAGCGAAGCGACGAAAGUUGCCGAAAAAAUGGAAGAUAUGGAAAUUGAUGAGUAAGAAAAAUGUCAAACCACAUUGACGUAAUCGACCUGUCGAUGUAAAGGUGCGCCUCUCGUGCUAUAUGUUCUUUUCUACAUAAAUAAUAGUUCAAACCACGCUGUAAAAACGAUGUAACGAUAUAAUCGUACCGAUGUGACGGCGCGUGUAUAUCGAGAGGGAUAUUAAAAACGAGCUUACGUUUGUCUCUGAAAACGUGUGAUUUAUUGUUUCCCUGUAGCAAUAUAAUGUUAACCCCAAGAUUACCCCUCCAGAGCCUUACAUCUUGUACAACGUAAUGCUUUCGUGUUGAAAAUAACGUACAGUAUGUAUUGUUACGAUAUUUGGUAUUUUCAAUCGUCCACGUGAAAUUUUCCUCAGAGCACAGAUAUUCGCGCACAAUCUCGCGACGUAAACGUGCAGUAGCGUAAGUUUGUAAGAGUGAUAUAGUAAUUUUACUUAGUUACUUCGAACGAGAACGAUUAGUUACAUAAAAUACACUCGGGAACGUGUCCCGAACGUUUCUCGAGCGGCUCGUUCGGGCAAAA